ACACGCUCCACAGACACAGGCUUCACGCUGCCGGGCAGCCGCUGAUCACGCGUGGCCCCGAGAGUCCAUUGGCCGGCGCCUCACACACCUUUGCUGCUGAUUGGCCGGCUGCAGGCUCCGCCCCCGCCCCCGCCCGCGGCGCGGGGCAGGCAGAGCUGCUACCUGAAUGGGGAGGGGGCAGACGGCGCGGAGCGCGGCGGCGGCGGGAGCAACGUCGAGUGUCUCUAGGCGCACGUCUGUGGCCAGGCAGCCAAACAGCCUAGCAGCCAGUCAGCUCGUCGCCGGCGGCCAGGCAGCCAACCAUGCUCAACUUCGGUGCCUCUUUCCAGCAGGCUGCGGAGGAAAGAAUGGAUGUGAUUUCUGAAAGGUCAAAAGAGAAUGUGUGUUCCUGGAACAAAGCUGCAGAGAAGAGUGAUUUUGAAGCUGUGGAAGCACUUAUGUCGAUGAGCUGCAGCUGGAAGUCUGAUUUUAAGAAAUACAUUGAAAACAGACCUGUGACUCCAGUGUCUGAUACGUCAGAGGAAGAGAAUCUGCUUCCUGGGACACCUGAUUUUCAUACAAUCCCAGCAUUUUGUUUGACUCCACCUUACAGUCCUUCAGACUUUGAACCCUCUCAAGUGUCAAAUCUGAUGGUACCAGUGCCAUCUAGUGGACACUUGAAAUCAUUCUCAGAUACUUCCAAGCCACACAGUGCUGCACCUUUCAAAGAGGAAGAAAAGAGUCCAGUACCAGCCCCCAAACCCCCUAAGGCUCAGGCAACAAGUGUGAUUCGCCAUACGGCUGAUGCCCAGCUGUGUAACCACCGGUCCUGCCCGGUGAAAGCAGCCAGCAUCUUCAACUAUCAGGACAGUUCCUUUCGAAGAAGAGCCCACCUAAAUGUUGAGGCUGCAAGAAAAAAUGUACCGUGUGCAGCUGUGUCACCAAACAGAUCCAAAUGUGAGAGAAACACAGUGGCAGAUGUGGAUGAGAAAGCGCGUGCUGCACUUUAUGACUUUGCUGUGCCUUCCUCAGAGACUGUCAUCUGUACAUCUCCACCAGCUCCUGUGUCCCCUCAGCAGAAGUCAGUGUUGGUCUCUCCACCUGCAGUGUCAACAGGAGGAGUGCCGCCUAUGCCACUCAUCUGCCAGAUGGUUCCCCUCCCUGCAAAUAACCCUGUUGUGACAACAGUCGUCCCCAGCACUCCACCCAGUCAGCCACCAGCCGUCUGUCCACCUGUUGUGUUCAUGGGGACUCAGGUGCCCAAAGGUGCUGUCAUGUUUGUUGUUCCCCAGCCCGUCAUCCAGAACCCGAAACCUCCGGUGGUGAGCCCAAAUGGCACCAGACUUUCUCCCAUUGCCCCUGCUCCAGGCUUUUCCCCUUCCACGGCAAAAGUCACUCCUCAGAUUGACUCGCUGAGGAUAAGAAGUCAUAUCUGUAGCCACCCGGGGUGCGGCAAGACGUACUUUAAAAGCUCUCAUCUGAAGGCCCACAUGAGAACACAUACAGGAGAAAAGCCUUUUAGCUGCAGCUGGAAAGGUUGUGAAAGGAGGUUUGCACGUUCUGAUGAACUGUCCAGACACAGGCGAACCCACACAGGUGAGAAGAAAUUUGCCUGUCCCAUGUGUGAUCGGCGGUUCAUGAGGAGUGACCAUUUGACCAAGCAUGCCCGGCGCCAUCUGUCAGCCAAGAAGCUGCCAAACUGGCAAAUGGAAGUGAGCAAGUUAAAUGACAUUGCGCUACCUCCACCCCCUGCUGCCACGCAGUGACGGAUCAGAAGGUGAAGAAUCAGAACUCACUUUGGUCAUAGCCAGAAGCCGGUGGCAAUAUAAACAAUGCUUCCACUGCAAGUCUGUGGCCCUCCAGUGUGGGCUGAAAGCAGCAACUCCGCACGCUGGGGCGGAGGGCCCAGCCUGAGUUAGAUGACGAGAAGUGCUGAGGCCACAGGCAGGUCACAGAAUGGCAGGUUUCAUUUCUUAUCACAUAAGAGAGAUGAGAGAGCUUUUAUUCUUUUGAAUAUUUUUUUUGAAGGUUUCAGAUGAGGUCAACACAGGUAGCACAGAUUUUGAAUUUGUGUGUGCAAUUUGUUAUUCACUUUUGUUAAUACUUGAGACCAACUUUUCAAUGUGAUUCUUAUGAAGCACUGGUUUCAAGAUUGUAGAGACUGGAAAUGAACAUUACGGUACAAAGAUGGAAACAUCAGAUUGGUUUGUAUUAUUACAGAUACUGUCAUCUUUUCUCGAGUUCCCUUGUUUACUAUUCCUAGUCUUUCCAGUCAGUUUGUGGAUGUAGUUGUUAAAUAUAUCUAGAGCUAGCAUUUUUACACUAUUACUGAUACUUGGAAUUGAGCGGCUGUAUAUUGCUAAAGAGGGCCCAAAGAAUUGGAAUCCUCAUUAAUUUAAUUGCUUUGAAAUGUAGCUACUUUUUUUUCUUUUGGAAAAUUUAUAACAAAUUACUAUAUCUAGGCAUUUUGUUAUGCUUUGAACUUUAGUUUGCCUGCAGUUUCCUGUGUAGAUUUGAAAAUUGUAUACCAAUGUGUUUUCCGUAGACUCUAAGAUACAUUGCACUUUGUUUAGAAAAAAAAAAUCUGAAGAUGAAGAUACAUUAUAAAGAAGGAUUAUCAAGAAUGUUGGAUAACUCCUUGAAAAAGAUGGCUUAUGUCAUCAGUAAAGUAUCCUUAAGUUAUGAGGAUGUAAUGUGUGCUUUAGUAGAAAGUUUGUGACCAUUACUCACAAAUGGACAAAAAUUUUCUCAUUAAUUUAUAGGAGUUUGGGGGGAUGUGGAGCUAGGUGCGUCGAAUAAUUAGAACAUUCACUUUUGUUAACUAUUUCUGUUAUAUUCUGUUGUAUAGUGGAUGAUAUACACAGUGGUAAAACAAAAGUAAAUUGUUUAAAAUAUAUAGUGAAAAAUGUCACUAUAUCUUCCCAUUUAAUGUUUUUCUGUGUAUCAGGUUUAGAGUUUCUGACAUCAAAACUUGGACCCUUGGAAAACAGUUUCUGCUUAAUUAAAAAAUUCCUCGUGACUCUUAAAAUUUGCACAAUAUUUCUUCUGUUGUACUUUAUAUCUUGUUUACAAUAAAAAAAUUUUCUUUGGUAUAU